AUGAUGCCCCACUAUCUUCCAGCCGAGACAGGUCUACUCCUCAUUGAUAUUCAAAAGGGAUUUAAUCACCCGACACACUGGGGAUCGUCGAGGUCUACACCACAGUUCGAAGCCAAUAUCGCAUCUCUUCUGAGCGCGUUCCGCAACGCUGGAGCACACAUCUUCCACGUUUGCCACCACUCCACCUUUGAAGCUUCUCCCCUACACCCUUCCAAAGAAAGCGCGGAAUUCAUGCCAUACGCUGCUCCUCUCCUUGCAGAGAAGGUGUUCCCAAAGACGACCAAUUCUCCCUUCAUCGAGACAGCCCUGGAGCAAGCCAUCAAAUCCCAGGGGAUCAAAAGAUUGGUCGUGUGUGGCUUGAUGACAGCGCACUGUGUGGCAACAACAGUGCGCAUGGCGUCAAACCUAAAUGUCGUCAAACACAGCUACGGAAUCCUCAAUCUGGAUGAGCAGACUCGUGGUGCGAUGGCGCUCGUUAGCGAUGGCACAGCUACAUUUGACGUGGACUUUGAGGGCAAGUCCUACGAUGCCGAGACCGUGCACGCCGUGCAUCUAGCAACAAUGAAGAACGAAUUCUGCGAUGUGGAAACAACAGAGGAAGUGCUCGCGAUUCUAGGGGAACAACAGUGA